AUGCGAUCCACCACGAACUCUCAAUCAAACCGAAACGAUGCUACUGUGAGACAAAGACAGCGACAUCGUAACGGCAUUCCGAACAACUCCCGCUCCUCCGCCACGAUGAAACGCGACAUGACCGACAGAAUGGCGAAUGAGAAAGGGGACGAGGUUGUCGUGAUGCAUGACCAUGAUGAUGACAACAAUACCGAAAAUAAUGACAACAAUAUGGAGACCGUCACCGCCGGGAUAUUGUUCGCUGCAUUGCCCAAAUGGUUUGACGCGGCGAUUGUUGGGACCUUGAUUUUUGGCGGGUGCUGUGGGAAUGUUUUCGCGUUGGAGGCUAUUAUCAAAGACGAACCAGCCGCCGGCCCUCUGAUCACCUUUGUGCAAUUCGUGACUGUCUCGCUAUUUACGAUCCCCAGCUUCCUCUCCUGGUCCGCCGGAGCGUCGUCCUUUUUCAUGAAAGCGCCGGUGAUCCCUCUGCGGUCAUGGACUAUAUACACUCUAUUUUUCGUCACGGUCAACCUGCUAAACAACUGGGCAUUUGCGUAUCAUAUUUCCGUGCCUCUUCACAUCAUCCUUAGAUCUGGUGGACCCACGGCGUCAAUGAUUAUCGGGUAUUGGUAUAAUGGUCGACGAUAUUCGCGCAUGCAGAUAUUUUCAGUCAUGCUGUUGACUCUGGGCGUUGUGGCUGCUGCAUUGGCAGAUGCAAAGGCACAGGGGAAAGCGAUUAGUUUGUCGUCAGGAGGAGAUGGAGACAAGCCAACAUUGACUUUUGUCACUGGAUUCACUAUUCUGGCGCUGGCUAUGCUUCUGUCGGCAUUUCAGGGGGUCUAUGCCGAUCGACUGUAUGCCACACAUGGAAAUACGCAUUGGCGCGAAGCACUGCUGUAUUCGCAUAUGCUUUCACUGCCAUUUUUCCUACCAACGUAUGCCCAGCUCUCGUCGCAGUUUCGCGCAUUCAUGUCUUCGCCGUCAAUGCUGGCUGAUUUACAUCCCGCCGCGGUAGGAUCUGUGCCACAGGACUUGAUUGCGGGCAACGCGCUCAAUAAUGCGACAAUGGCUGUUUCGCAUCACGUCGCCGCUUCAAUAUCCUCAGCCAUAUCUCCAUCUUCCAUGGUCGCAGCAGCAGCAGCCGCUACGCCAUCAUCCCUCACAGCUCAUUCGGGCAACCUCCUCGCACAAACCAGCAACUCAUUCACCAACAUCCUGUCUGCAUCCACCGAUGCCAUGCAGCGGGACUUACUCACCACAAUUCUGAACAAAACACCCAGCAAAAUCUUCUAUCUUAUCGUCAACGCCUUGACACAAUACAUCUGCAUCCGCGGCGUUUAUUUGCUCGCUGCGAAAUCAUCUUCGCUAACCGUGACCAUAGUCCUGAACAUCCGCAAAUUGGUCUCGCUCCUACUCUCAAUCUACAUCUUCGGCAACUCCCUUGCUGCCGGGGUCCUGAUUGGUGCUGGCUUCGUGUUUUUGGGUGGCGCGUUAUAUGGCGUUGGUAGCGCGAGGGCGAAGAGCAAUAAGAUGAAUUCUGCCUCUGCGACGACAGAGUUGCAUUAUCGCCAUAAUCAAGAGAGAGGUGCGAAAAGAGCGGGGAUGUCGUCGCUGUUUUCGGUGGCGAAGAAUAACUUGUCGUCUUCGUCGUUGGGUAUGAGGGAGACGAGUCCGACGAGGAGCAGGAAGGUCAAGGUUUGA